GACUGCUGAGUCACGGCGUCCCUCGGUGCCGCUGCAGCGCGAGGCUUCGCCAUGGAGACGGAAGGCGCCCGUGCUCUGCUGGAGCGAGCGGACACCCUCAACCUGCAGACCGGCAACCUGCUGAGCUGGGGCUGCGGCCGCAAGAAGUGCCCCGCCACCCCUAGCGAGGAGGUGCGGGACUGCAUUCAGAAAACACUGACUGAAUGGAGCUCAAAGGUUGGAAGAGAUCAGAAUCAGGAAAUGGCAGAGGUUCUGGAAUGUACCGUAGCUCAAGCUGUAGAAAAAAUGAAUCCUGAAGAAAGGGAUGAACUGAAAGUAUCAGCAAAACUUUUCAUUGUUGGAUCAAGCUCUUCAUCAAUCAGAGAUGCAGUGGACAUGGCAUGUUCUUCCCUUGGAGUUGCUCAGUUAGAUUCGGUCAUUAUUGCUCCACCUCCUAUUGAAGAUGGAGCUAAUCUCUCUUUGGAGUAUCUGCAACCUUAUUGGCAAGAACUUGAAACUCUAGUUGAAAGCAAAAAGAUUGUUGCCAUAGGCACCUCUGACCUUGAUAAAACACUUCUAGAGCAGCUGUACAUAUGGGCACAGGUGAAACCGAGUAGCAAUCAGGUGAACCUGGCUUCCUGCUGCGUGAUGCCGCCUGAUCUCACAGCAUUUGCAAAACAGUUUGACAUACAGCUGCUAACUCACAAUGACCCGAAAGAAUUACUUUGUGAAGCAAGUUUUCAAGAAGUUCUUCAGGAAAGCAUCCAGAACAUCAAAGCACACGAAUGGAUUCCUUUAUGGAUUCUGCGGUAUUCAGUCAUUGUUAAAAGCAGAGGAAUUAUCAAGUCCAAAGGCUAUAUCAUGCAAGCUAAAAGAAACGCCUCUUAAAACCCUUCACCUUUUUUUUAUUCUUUGAAAUGUCCUACUGUUUUAAUUUCUGGGGGAUGGGAGGAACAUGCCUUUUUCAUAGAGAGACUUUACAUCAUUUAUAACAAAGACCAAAAGUUGUAAUUAUUGAGCAUGAUGUCAGAAGGACCAUCUGCAGUGUUCUGAUGAUAUAUUUUUUAAUGUACUGACCAGUUCAUUAAAAAUGUUUUGGCUUUACUGUUGAAACGAUCUAUAAAGAAACAGCUUAAAGUAUUUCUUUUUAUGACCAGUUCACUGUAGGAGUUCUGAUUAUAUUUCAGCUACCGCUAGGCAGCAUAGAGAAACAUAUAUUUUUAAGUUCAAUUUCUCUUCAAUAUUUACUAAUGUGGUAGGAACAUGGAUUUCAAACUUUCAAGGACUGAUUUAUUUUUUUUUUUUAUAGAAAAUUGCCAUCUUUCAUGGAACAAUUAUUCUAAAUAAACUAUCUUUACUUCUUAUGUAUAUAGGCAAAGUAGUUGUUUAAUUUGUGUGGAUGGGAAAAAUUGGUUUAUUUUUAAUAUAUCAUGUUUAUAUUAAAAAAAAAAAAAGCAAUCCUCUUUAGAAGAUUUAGAAAGAAGCAUCUUCCAAAUUGCUUUACUUUUUAUGACUUGAAUUCCUUCUGUCUUUUGUGCCUGUGCGCUUUUAGUACUUCACAAAUGAUGGCAUCUUUGCCAUUUCAAGUAGAAAAUGUUCCAUUGUGUGUUUAAAAUUAAGAACUGGAAACAAAUGAUGAGAAAUGUGUUAAUCAGGAAUCCAAUAGUACUUGGUUUGUCCUCAGCUGUGUGUGUUUGUUCUUCUAAUGUUCAAGAGCUAUGCAAUCUGAAUCAGCCAUGGCAGAAACAGUGGGAAAUGUUAAGGCUGCUGACUGUGUGUUCAUGUAAAAGGGAUGAUGAUUCUGAGGAUUGCCUUGGAAACGGCCUUGCUUGGGUGCCAUUCAGAAAUGAAGCAGACAAAGAUUGUCUUAGACUUAGAUAUCUUUCUGUUUGGCAGUAGCUUAAUGGUCUGGCUUUGGAGUCUUAGGGAGAAAUGAUUGCAGCUAAGGCCAGUUUAAUGUGCUCUAUUGGAAAGGCCUUUAAAUUUCCUUGGCAUUAAAAUCAGAAUAGAAGGCAAAAAAAAAAAAAAAAAAAAAAAAAAGAGCUCUGUCUGUUCACCAGGGGUUCUAAGUGUCAAGAAUCCAAUGCUCAUUUUCCUCUGGAUUUCAGGUAGGAGUUACUAAUACUUAUUAGUACUAGUUAAAUUAUUUGUAUGCAUUUAUUUUGAGCUUAGGGCUGUGAGGAAACAAAUUUCCACCGUUUUUUAAAUUCUAUUGUGCAGGCAGCGAGUUGAAUCUACAGUGCUUGUAGGCACUGUGUGGAAAUACCAGCUCGCUCUGAACCAUUCCACUAAGUUACAAGAUGAUUCUUUGAGAUGCCUUUGAGUUCUUCACUAUCUUAUGUGCAUAUGGCAAACCCUAGGAAUGCGUGGAUUUCUACUAUUGCUUCAGUUGUUUUGAUAAACAAGAGGCAGAGAACUUGAACUAGUAAUGUAUCAAUAAAAUGUUCUGGUUUUUUCCUCCUGAACAAAAUGUAGGGUUUAUGUCGGGUCAGUGUGCAUCAGAUCUGGAAAAGGUGUUUCCUUUGUACCUUGUGUAUGGCACUGAGUUGCGUGCUGCUGCUGAUUAACCACUCUGAACUGUUUGCUGCCAUUAUUUGAUUGCAUGUGUGUUCUGUCAGUGGGAAUUCCCUAAAAUAAGAGCUGUGCUAAAACAAUGCACGUUGCCCUUAUGGUGUCAUUAUUUACUUUCCAGCUGUCAACUGAGUUCUCUUGCUUUAGGAAAAUGCCCUUUAAGACAGUCUUGUUUUUGCGAUGUCAUUGAUAGCAUAACAACUUAUCAGCUUUUCAAUAUUACUCUCUGUGCAGAAGUCUGAGAGGUGGCAUUUCUUUCAGAGAUGAAUUAAAAACUGAAGUUCUU